AUGGCGCUGUCUACCAAGGAGAAGGACAUACAGAUGCUGCUCGCUUCCGAAGCUCACCUCGGCACCAAAAACUGCAACUUUCAGAUGGAGCGCUAUGUAUUCAAGCGUAGAAAUGAUGGAAUUUACAUCAUUAACCUCGGCAAGACCUGGGAAAAGCUUCAGUUGGCUGCCAGGGUCAUUGUCGCGAUAGAGAACCCACAGGACAUCAUUGUCCAGUCUGCAAGGCCCUAUGGUCAGAGGGCUGUUCUCAAGUUUGCGCAGUACACCGGGACUCAUGCAAUUGCUGGUCGUCACACGCCAGGUACUUUCACAAAUCAGCUUCAGACUUCUUUUAGCGAGCCGAGGCUUCUCAUCCUGACGGAUCCAAGGACUGAUCACCAGCCAAUUAAGGAGGCCGCUCUUUCUAACAUCCCCACCAUUGCCUUCUGUGACACCGAUUCUCCUAUGAGGUACGUUGAUAUCGGUAUUCCAGCCAACAACAAGGGUAAGCACAGCAUUGGCUGCCUCUUUUGGCUUUUGGCGAGGAUGGUGCUCCAGAUGCGAGGUCUCGUUGCUCCCGGGCAUAAAUGGGAUAUCAUGGUAGAUCUAUUCUUCUACCGGGAGCCUGAGGAGUCUAAGGAAGAAGAAGAAGAGGAAGCUGGAGCCAUUCAAGAUUAUGGCGAUUACACAGCUUCUGCUGCUGUAGUUGGAGGUGCUGACUGGUCGAGUGCCCAAAUCACAGAAGCUCAAUGGCAAGCUGCUCCUGAUGUGCCUUCUGGUGCUGCAAGUGGUUGGACUGCUGUAGAUACUACAGGUGUUGCUGAUGGAGGAUGGGACUCAGCUGCUCCCCCGCCGCAAUUGGCUGUUGAAGGAGUAAUACCCGCUGCAGUUGCUCCUACCGAAUGGGAAUAA